AUGGUGAACGAGUUCGUGGCCCUGGACACCUCGCCGGUGUGGACCGAGGCGCCCCGCGGGCCGCCCAUCCACUGCCGGCAGAGGCGGCCCACGCCCGGCGGGAAGUGCCACCAGGGCACCUACUGGUGCCCGGGGGCGGCCAAGAGGGCGUGGGACAAGUCGUGCGGAAGCGACUGGAACAUCCAGAGCGACGGCAAGCACCGCUCCUACGUGCUGGUCGACCCCCUCCUCUCGGCGAGGGUGCGGGACUCGUCUGGCUCCGUGGCGAGCCGCUUCGUCAGCGCGAGGGAUCCGUCCGGGCGCGUGGAGGCGGCCAGGACGGCCACAGACGCUCUGAGGGCGAGGCGGAAGGGCGACGCCGCCGGGAAGGGCGGCGCCCGCAGCGAGCCGACGGGCUCCCGGGUGAUCUUCGAGCACCACCCCGCGCCCAUCGGCUCCGAGCCGCCGGGGGGCCGCGGGCCGCAGGGCGCGGCCUGA